AUGGGGCUCUUUGAGAACAUCGGUUACGCCUUGUACUUGUAUGGCGUAUACACCUUGAUCAAGAUCGUUUACCACAUUGGAUUCCAUGCUUACGUUUACUUCUUUGCCGAGCCCAAAGAUCUCAAGAAAUUGGCCAGAAGUGAUUGGGCUGGUAAGCUACAAUUUAGGCAUGAUAAAAAUAUCAUCUUUAGUAAUUUUUGUGCAUUUUGAGCCUUCAUUUCAGGCAAUUUGGAAUUUAUUUGAAAUGAUUUUAUCAAAAAUUCUUAUUUAGCAAUUACCGGCGCCACUGACGGAAUUGGCAAAGCCUAUGCGUUCGAGUUGGCCAAGCGUGGAUUCAAUCUAAUUCUGAUCUCAAGAACUCAGUCCAGACUUAUUGAUACCAAGGAGAAACUGCUCGCCCAAUAUAAGGGAAUCCAAGUUGAAACUAUCGCUUUUGAUUUUAAAAAUACAAAGCCUGAAGAUUAUGUUAACACUUUCACAGAGCCCCUGAAAAAAGUUGGAUUGCUAUGUGAGAAGAGAUUUGUGAAAACAUUUUAUUGUAUCUGUCCAAUUUUUUGCAAUUUUGCAGUUCAAAUUACUGUUUUUUAGUCAACAAUGUCGGCGCCGGCCCUCAAACCGUCGACAGAUUCCACGAACUUAUUGGUGGAAUCGGCGAGAACAAGGAGAUCGUUGAUGUAAACAUGUAUCCGGCCGUAUUUCUCUCAUCGAUUGUGCUGAAACCGAUGGAAGAAAGGGGCGGAGGAGUCAUCGUGAACAAUGGAUCCAUGGCCAGUUCUUUCAACUACCCGUUCUGCACGGCUUAUGGACUGUCGAAGGUAAGAUUGAUCUCUAGGCGUUAUGAUGCAAAGAUCUUGAUGGCUAAUCUUUAGGGAAUUGACUUAUGUAUUGCCUUGAUAGAAUAUGUACAAAAAAUAAAAAAUGUAAUUUUAUAGAAUACUCCACUUUUUUUCAGUCUGCCCUCGAGAAAUUCACUCAUUCCAUUCGAAUCGAGAACCCCAAAAUCCACAUUCAAUACUUGGCUCCAGGAUUUAUCACCACGAAGCUGAGUAAAUCCAGCACUCCCAAUUUCCUCGUUCGAACUCCAGAAGAUUUCGUUGAAUCGGCCGUAAAAACGAUUGGUUGGGCUGAAACCACCAAAGGACACUAUGCCCAUCAGUUGGUCUUUGAUAUCAUGGAAGCAUUGCCUGUUUUUGUUCAGGAUCUUCUGAUCAAGACGACAUUGCUGAGUAAGAAACAAGAAUUCUUGGAUGAAUUGGCCAAGAAGCAAAAGCAGAAUUAA